GUAAAACUAGUUAGAAUAAGUGUAAUUCUUCUACAUGCAUAUGUAUAAAUCCGUUUAAAACAUUUAUAAAUUAUAAACGAAAUAAUAUUAUAGUGUCUACAACUCCAGUUAACAUGUAAGAACUCAGUUAACAACUAUUGUUUGUCUAAGCUCAGCAUGUUUGUAUCCGGGUUAUCUACCAGCACAGUUGGAAGAACAUCUCAACUACAGCCAAUAACACAGCCAAUAACAUGCGUACUAAAGACUAAUGACUACUGACUAGAGUGCAUUGCAUUUGAAUAUAAUAAGGAAACUAAUGACUGAGGUUCAAAAAUGUUUUCACCAAAAUGAGACUUACUUGUGCUGGUUUAGUCCGCACAAACAAAGACUUUGGGAUUCAUCAAUUUAUAGUAUUUUCUGUUACCAUUUUAAGUACGUCAAUAACCUUGUCUUCGUCAUUACAUUAAUAGUGAAAAUUUAUCUAUCAAUGUUGUACAAAAAAUAAUGAUUUUUUUUAGCUUAGUAAUUAUCCUCUGUUUGUAUGAUUUUUGUGUACAGACUACAGAUCAUAGCUAACAUUUUAAUUGACAGUAGUCCUAAAAUAUAAUGAUUAAAAGCACAUACGUCUACGUCCUGUACUUUAUUUUAAGAAAAUAGACGUGCUUUAAAAAGGAGGAACGUCAUAUGUUUAGUCAAAGAUGAUAAUACUUUAGUUAAUUAUAGAAAAUGUAAUAAUCAACAAUAGCCCAUUGGUUGAUUUCAUUUCAGUUGUGUAAGAAAAGUAAAAAACAUUGUGCUGGAAAAUAAAACCAUUCCUUCUGAAAUUACAACAAUAUCCACACCCAGAUAGCCACCGACCAUUUUAAAUAAGGGUAUAAAUGUCAUUUAAGAAAUUUCCUUUGUAAGAACAAGGGAGUUAGAAGAACAGAGAGAUCGAAAAUAAAAAGAAGAAAGGAACAAGGUUUUGCGAUUCUCUUCUCCGAUUCGGUUCCUAAUCUGUCUUCGUUUUACAAGCUUUAGGGUGUAUCUUUGGCGGUGAUGGCGAUGAAGCUGAGACAGUCGCAGCGAUCUCAGGCGAAGAAAUGGUCGACGUUAAUGCUGGUUCUGUUGAUGCUUUUCAUGCUAACGAUCGUUCUCUUGAUGCUUCUGUCUUUUGGGGUUUUCUCUCUUCCAAUUGAUACCUUCGACGAAUAUUCUCCGACCGAUCUCUCUUCUUUCCGACGAGCUGCAACCGAGAGAAGCGAGGGAAUAGGGAAGAGAGGAGAUCAAUGGACAGAGAUUCUUUCUUGGGAGCCCAGAGCUUUCCUCUACCACGGUUUCUUGUCGAAGGAAGAAUGUGAAUAUUUAAUCAGUCUUGCGAAACCAUAUAUGGUGAAGUCAACUGUUGUUGAUAGCCAAACCGGCAAGAGCAAAGACAGCAGGGUGAGAACAAGCUCAGGGACUUUCCUUAGGAGAGGAAGGGACAAAGUCAUUAAGACCAUUGAGAAAAGAAUUGCUGAUUACACCUUUAUUCCUGCAGAUCAUGGAGAAGGACUUCAGGUUCUUCAUUACGAAGAAGGGCAGAAGUAUGAACCACACUAUGAUUACUUUGUUGACGAAUUCAACACUAAGAAUGGAGGUCAACGCAUGGCUACAAUGCUUAUGUAUCUGUCGGAUGUUGAAGAAGGCGGUGAAACGGUGUUUCCUGCUGCCAAUAUGAAUUUUAGUUCUGUGCCAUGGUAUAAUGAGCUCUCUGAGUGUGGUAAAAAGGGACUUUCCGUGAAGCCGAGAAUGGGUGAUGCAUUGCUCUUCUGGAGCAUGAGGCCUGAUGCUACACUUGAUCCCUCAAGCCUGCAUGGUGGAUGUCCUGUGAUUAAAGGGAACAAAUGGUCAUCUACCAAAUGGAUGCAUGUCGGCGAGUACAAAAUCUAGCGUCUUUGAUUGCUGGACAAUAUACUGUUUCAUAGAUGGUGGAUAAAAUGAAACUUCGGAACCAAAAAAUGCAGAGAGAUGAUGUUUGUUUUUUUGUCCCUGCGGCUCAGUAUAUUUGUCAGCACCAUUUUUUUUUUUUGAUGUGAUUCAGAGGGUUAUACAUAUCAAUAGAGAAUACCAAAAGAUCUGGAACUUGUUAGACUUAUUAGGAUGAGUUAGAUAGACUGAUGCUCAUUGUUAUACUAUAGCCAUCAGCUUGUCUCUGUCAUUGAAUAGACGUUGUGAAUUAGUUAUGACAUUAUCAUAUACAAACUGUUGUUAUCUUUAUAUAAAAGCUGAAUUGUUUUA